UCGUACACGCUAGUUUGGUGGGAGACCAACAAAUUUGACUGAACAAACUCGUUCUAUCAGAUGCUGUACGGCUGCCUAGGGAUUGGUCAAGCGAUCUCCAUAUGCUUACUUGAUGCUGGGAUGGACUUCAUUUUCUAUUAUGCGUCUCAAAGCCUGCACCACAAGUCUGUACGUAGCGUCUUUCAUGCAUCCUUCGACACUACAGUGAGUGAUUGUAUAUGAAAGCGCCAACACCAAUACUACCGACAAGCAUCGACAAUUCUCUUCGAGAAUCGCAACCACAGAACGCUCGCUCGAAUCACCGGUCUCUCACCCCAACAUCUCACUCGUUGCUUCAUCAUUUGAACCUGCAGUGACCCUGCCAGUGCAGCGACAAAGUUGAGAAGUUGAUCGUCUAUAUGUUAGAGAGGAUGUGUUAGGCAAAGCAAAU